AUGUUUGUAGAUUACUUUGCCCCGGCCUUCCUAGUGGCUUUGCAACAGAAACACGACCCGAAAAUAUUAGCGGAUCGUCAGAGGAAAGCUGAUCUCCAGAGGUCGAAAGAUGAUGAUAGGGAAGAUCCCAAUCUGGAAGAUGAGGCACCACUUGUGGUACAAUUGAAGGCGGGUGAUCUGAGUGCCGAUCAAGCACAGGCUGUCAAAGACGGCAAAGACCCGGACGAUGAGCCGCAGACAACCCACAUCCGCAAACGCACCGGCACAGAAGAUGUAAGGGAAGCCAGCGCGGAUGAGCAUGAAAUUCGGGAAAGUGAUACAGACGGAGAGGGGGGUGUGAAAUUCAGGAGGCCCAAGGCGAAAAAGAUCAAAACCACUGCUGAAGCAACGGCUGUUGGGACGAGGAAACCCAGGGAUAGCAAGGCUACGGUCGACCCGAAAAAGCGCAGCAAAGUCAAGAAAAUAAAGAAUACGUCGCUUCUGUCCUUCGAGGAGGAUGAGUGAUCAGAGUGUUAUAUGAA